AAUCUCCAGUAGGCCACAAAAAUGUUUUCGAGAAUAAGGGCCCGAAAAGCAAGCACAUCAGCUUAGGGAAGCUGUUAGGGCGCAGCCUAGACUAAAAUUUUGAAAAAGUACUUCAGGCAAAUGAGGAGCACAGAGCAGAUGCUGGGCCAGGGUGAUGUAGCCCCCGAUGGUUUCGCCAUUGAAACGGAACCCGGGACAAAAUCCGCGCCUCCGCCCUCAUGGUUGGAAUGGUGUGAACGCAAUUCAAAGCCUCUGAUUAGAACGGUGACCCCGGUCCGACGGAAACUCACUAGAUGGCAGAAGCGGGGUCCGAUGAGCAAAAAGGAUUGGAAGCACUUCAGCGCCUGGGCGGCAACUCGGGCAAUGCCCCGGGAACUGCCCGAGAUUGAACCGACGCCGCUUCCAUGUGCCGCCAGAUACCUGCCAUGCGCCAAGUGGGGGAAAAAACCUUUAGAUCCGGAUGAACGGGAAGAGAAGUUGGAAGCGCUUUCCAUGCCCCGCACUAUCACCGAGAAGUAUACUAAGAUCUACGAUCCGCCAGCCUACUCCCCGGCGAUUGUGUGGGGUAGACCGCCUCACCGCGAUCCUGGAAGGCCUUUCAAGCCUCCCUUCGUUCCCCAAUGUUUCCCAAACGACGACAUAGAAGGAGAUUUCUGGGCUCAGAUGCGCUUUCCCAUUCGUCCGGCUGCUCUUUUAGGUUCGGCCACUCCUCGAAUCGUCAGUCUCGCCAAGCCCCGCCAAUACCCUCCCAUUCCACAUUGUAUACUCCCGAAGACACGAUUGGAUCCAUUGGACGAGCGACCACCGCCGCGGAAGAAGUUCACCCCCAGGGAAUGGCGCCACCACCAGAUCCGGUUGAUGUACCUCUCCAAACCGAUCACCAGACCGACCUAUGAUUUCUACUACUACAUGGCAUAAAGGCUGCUGCUCUUGGUUCUUUCAUGUGUUUGCCAAAUUUACUAUUUGUGGGUCAAAUAAAAUUUCGAAAUAAUAA